AUGGGCAAUGUGGAUGAAGAUACUGAUGAACAUUUACAAGGUUUGGGAGACGAUCGAACCUGGAACGAUGGAUUUAGACAAAAACAAUAUCGCCAUUGGAUUAUUGUUUCAAGCAAUGUCGGAGUCUCUUGUUCUGCAGUUGGAGAACAGGAAACUUCAAAGCAGAUAUGGGAUGCAAUCAAAGCACGUAACCUCGGAGAUGAUCAAGUUAAAGAAACACGUCUACAGACCUUAAUGUAUGAAUUCGACAGAAUAAAGAUGAAAGAAGCUGAUACUAUCGAUAACUUUGCUGGAAAGCUAUCAGAGAUAGCCUCAAAAGCUGCAACUCUUGGACAACCUAUUGAUGAAAACAAACUGGUGAAGAAGUUUCUAAAUAGUCUGCCAAGAUCCAAGUACAUUCACAUCAUAGCCUCUCUCGAACAAGUCUUAGACUUAAAAAGUACAGGCUACGAAGAUAUAAUUGGGAGACUAAAAGUAUAUGAAGAAAGAACCCUUGAUGAAGAUAACACUGGAGAGACUCAAGGAAAACUCUUGUUCACAAACUCCUAUCAACAAAGCACUACAACAAUGACAAAAGGAAGAGGUCGUGGUAGAGGUGCUAGAGGAAGCAAAGGACGAGGUAGAGGAGGAAGAAUACAAAAGAAACAAGAGGCAAAUAAGAACGAAACAGAGGAAGCCGAUACUGAUCUUUUCAUGCACGAAGUGGUAUUCUUAAAUGAAGAGAAAUUAAUACCAAAGAACGAUGAAACAAAAGAUAGUGAAGAAGGAGUAUGGUACUUAGAUAACGGAGCCAGCAACCACAUGUCUGGUAAGAAACAUUAUUUCUCUGAGCUCAACGAGAAAAUCAAAGGAAAGGUGAAGUUUGGAGAUGGUUCUAAUAUAGAGAUUAAAGGGAAAUGA